CUCUUCCUAUGUGAGGGUCGUUCUGCUUGAGAACGACUCAGAACAUUCAAGAAAGAAUAGAGAGAGAGAGAGCACCUCCUCACCCUAAUAGCUCAUGGCAACUAUCGCCCAUUGAAGAUCUAAAAAAAUUGUACUCUGAAAGACCUAAUUCACACACAAUCACACUUUGAUCGAAUCUCCCCUUUCUUUUCUUUUAUCUUUUCUCUCUCUGAAUUGAGACUAUUGAGUUAUUCUUCUCAUUUUCCUUAUGCGAAGCCUGAGUUGUGCCCACCAUUAUUAUAAAAGACACCCACAAAUCUUUCUCUCUUCUUUUCUCUAUUUUUUGGAACUGCUGGUUUUAAAUGAGUGGUUUUUAAUAUUUGGCUUAAAUUUGUGAUUAUUUGGGCCUGGGACGUUGAAAUUAGGGGUUUUUUAAUUUUUUUUUCUGAGUGAGCUUUCUGCUUGACACUUUUGGUGGUUAGUUUUUAUAGGGUUUGAUCAGAUCGUCAGUGGGAGAAACCCUAAUUCUGAUUUUUUUUACAUUAUUAGGGUUACAAGCAGUGAUUAGUGUUUGUGUAUAUAUUGGGAACUGGAUUGUACAGCUAAGUUGCAAUUGUUCUUAGAAGUGGGACUCGUGGGUUCAGUGGCUUUUAUUCUGGGUUCGAACGUUGAAUCUGCAAGAUUGGAUACUGGGAACUUCUUCUAAACAAGAACCAAGAGUUGCUUUAAGAUAUAUAUGCUUGAUGCUUUUGUGGCACGGAGAAUUCGUCUCUAUUUGAAGGUUGUGGUGUGUGUUGCAUUUGCUGUAUAUAGGUCAUCAAUCUUUAGUUAGGAAAUGCUCCUGAUACUGGUUUUGCUGCUGAGCAGGUAAUCAUUCUCUAUUAGUCUAGUGGGAAAGACAGGCCGAUUGCCUGGGAAUUGCUAAAUCUGUCGACAAACCGUCCGGGGGAACACAUAUUGAUUGAACAUAUUCAUCUAGCUAGAUACGCUCGAGCUGAUCAGUGUUAUUACAGCGGAUCUUGAGCUUUGGAGCCUUGUGCGACUCUUUUCUUCGUCUCGGGGUUUGAUUAUUUGUGGAGUCAGAGAAAUUCUGUUGGUGUAGUGUAGGUUUUGGAUAUUGGAUAUCGGGAAUUCUGAUCAGUUGUGGUGAGUUUAAAUGGUCAUGGAAUGAUUUUUUUGAGCUGGAAAUGAGUACACGGUCAUGGUGCAUGGGCAGGAGUAUAAUUUCUGGUUCUUUCCUUUGUCGGAACAACAGCUCCGAAAACUAGGAGAAGCGUUUUCGCUGGCGGAAGGGUCCCCACCUUCUCAUUUCAAGGAUCACGUGCAAUGUCUCGCUGCUUUCCAUUUCCACCUUCAGGAUAUGCAAAGAGGGCUAGAAUUGAUGAUACAGACCUACUAACAAAGGUUUAUAUAUGGUUUCCAUUAACUGCCGUUGUUAGCUUCUGUUAGGUUCAUUCCUCAUUGGCUCUUUGCUUAUAUGGGGUUUAUGCGAUCCUGUCUAUAUUGAAUUGUAUGUUUUAUCAGUACGCUUUGACCCAAGAAAAAUGGCAUCUUUACGGGUAUAGUGGAGGAAGUUUUAGGGGAAUUAUGGAUAGUACUUGAAACUUUUCUGCAAGACCGGAGAAACCUUAUUAGGAACCCUCGAACAUGACUAGUUUAGGAAGAACAAUCAUGCUUGGUGAAGUAUAAACUACUGGGGUAUUUACGCUUUGACUUUAAUAUUUUCGAACACAUAUCCAGCUUCUGCAGAGAGAUGCUGUAGUUGAAAUUAUUAUUACAAUUUACGACCAAUUUCUCCAGAAUACCUUUGGAAAUCCUGAUGGAUUCCACAUACGCUGGCCAUUCUUGUACCCUUUUUCUAAUUCUUGCUUACUGAUAACUUCUGCAAUGUCUAUUCCUCCUCCUUGGCACUUCAAAAUGUUUGAAAUGCUCCUUUUGAUAGGAAGACAGGUAUGCCUAAGGUUUAUGCAUGCCGGUGCAGCAACUAAUGUUAAGACACAAAUCAAGCACACAUAUCUAGAGAAGAAAGUGGGAAUUAUAUCUUUAGCUCACAACUAGGGCCGUGCCUGAGCCAAGAGGGAAACAUAUGGAUGCUAAAUGGGUUGGAUUAAAGGUUGCAAUAAACUCAAAGAAUUUAUAUGGUUUUCUUGAGGAGGAGAUGUCUUUUCAAGGCUCUCUUGAGGAGGAGAUAGGAAAACUUCGAAUAACUUCAGCCUUCUGGGAGUCUUAUUUGGUAGAAUUUUAGUGGUGUCCAUUUUCAGAAGAGAGCCUAAUCUUUUGAUUAAGUCGGAAGUGAGCCUAAUUUGCAAAAUAUUUUAGGAUAAAAAACUUGUAUAGCUGUUCAUUCAAGACUUGCUUAUGGAUAAAAAUCUGAAUGACUGAAAUGAUUUACACCAGAGAGGGACUAGAAAAAUUUAGAAAUGGACUUGGACUGGUAAACAUUGAUACUAUAAAUCUUAACCUUUACCAUUGAAUACUCCUGAAUAUGGAAUUUCAAAUUUUUUCCUUAAUUUAACGGAUAGAACCUGGUAGUUUGUGCAUAGACCAUUGAAAGUAGUACAUUAGCAUGAGGCAUCUAUCUUGGAACUGAGAUUGGAUUUGCAAAUUUUAGGAUGUUCAUGAAGUUGUUUAUUCUUCCAUUCAUGAGUGGUUGUCUCAAACCUAUAGGUGAGAUUAAACUGAUUAACGAUUUGAGUUGAUUAGAAGCUUGAUGGCAAUGGCCAACAACAUAUAUUUGCUCAAAGUUUUUUAUUUACUAGGACAGUGUUUUGCAGUCAACAUCAUAUACAUACCCCUCGCCCAACCCCCCCUCUCCCCCUCCCCCCCAAAAAAAAACUCCUAUAUUUAUUUAUUUAGUCAUUUUAGUUUGUAACUUAUUACUUCUUUUUUAUAAUUAUUUGUAGAUCUUUUAUUUGUAGCUCUUUAUUGAGGGGAAAUUUUUUUAUUAUUAGCCAACCGUUUUCUGGUAAUUAGACAUAAGGAUAAGGCAUAACCAUAUUGAUAGGGUCCAUGUUCAUGAAAUGGAACAAAAUUUUUACUUCAAUUGUCCAUAAGCAUGACAUAGGCGUAGUUACUGUUUUCAUAUAUGCAUGAGUCUGUUACCCUUUCAGUUGGGACUCCUUACCCACCCUUGUUAGUUCUGUAUGAAUUUUCCAUUUUGCCCCUAAUUGGGUUUUUGUUUCAGGAGAAGCGAGAGGAGAAAAAACACAAAAAGGAUAAGGACAGAGGAAAGAGGGAAGGUAAAAAGGAGAAAGAGAGAAGUAAGGAAAAACAUAGCAACAAGAAAGACCGAAAGGAAAAACACAGAGACAAGGAGAGGGGUUGUGAAAAAGAAAAAUACAGAACCUUGGAUGAGAAGAGCAUUGCAAGGCAGCCAAAGUGCUAUAUAGGAGAGAAGCUUGUUCACAAUCUGCAGAAUGUUGAGAUUAAGGAUUCUAAAUACGUUCAGGAGUUGGCCAGGAGAAUCAGGGAUGAAGAAAAGGCAACUGAAAGCCAAGCAGUUCAGAAGAUUACGGUAGCUGGUCAAAGGAAAUCUGGAUUUCCUGAUAGGGUGGUGGAGAGCAAUAUUGCCUUUCAACUGGAAGAAAAAGAGAAAACUAAGGAUGAGAAAGAAAAUGGUAGGAAGGCCAAUGGACAAAGAAACUAUGUUGAUACAAGAAGUUUGGAGAAUGGGAUUGGUGGAAAGUGCUAUCUUAUGGAUGACAAAAGAAAUGAAGGAAUUGUUAAGCCAAUGGAGAAGGAUGCUGAGAAGCCAAAGAAAAGGAAAGAGAAGAAAAAAUACAGCGAAAGUGAUGGUAAGGGUGAUAAACCCCAGGAUAAAGAUCAAGAAAAUAAAAGCAAAUCAAAGGAUAAAGACAGGGCUAAAGAAAAGAAAAAGGAGGAGAAAGUGAAGGAGAUAAAUGAACACAGUAAACAGCAGCCUAAAUUAAACAAAAGCGGCAAGGAGUCCCUUAAUACUUGCAAUGCUAAGCAAUUAGAAUUUUCAGGAAUGAACGGCAACAGUUCUUUUAGUGAGGGCAAUUUUGGGAAACGUAAGGAGCUUGACAAAAAUGGACUUACACUUGACAAUGGAAUUCGGCCUCAUAAGUUGCCGAGACCUGUCUGCUUCUCUCAUCCUGUCAUGGAAAAUGGAAGGAAAUUGGAAGCAUGCCAAACUGCCAGUCAGGUAACAUGUGGGAAGCAGGUCAUUGCCAAUAAUUUUCUACUGGACGUCAAGGAGCACAGGGCUAAUGGUUUGGUAGGUCUGCAAAGACCAAAUGCAUUUUCAACGAUGACUGCCUCCACUUUAACAGUCUAUGAGAAUGGUGAAGCAUCUGCAAAACCACCAUUCGUUGGGAGGCAAACACUGAAUGCAUGCUCAACAAGGCCUACAUCUCCUCGUGUACAAGUUUAUGAUAAUGGUGAAGCAUCUACAAAACCACCACAUCCUGAUUCCAAGUACCUAAUUCAGAUACUUUCUGUGCCAAAAAUGGAAGAGUGGUCUGAUAUUGAAGGACAGGAAUGGUUGUUUAGCAGCACUUGUCUGCAGUCAAAGAAACCCGAAGCGGGUUCUCCUCAGGUUGAAAGGACACAACAUGUGUGGGCAGAAGCUUCGCAUAUAGAGUCUGCUGAUGUUUAUGCUCUGCCUUAUGUCAUUCCAUUUUAAUAGAUAUUGGAUGGAUAUGACUUGGACUUCUAUUGUUCCAUGGUAGAUCUUAUUUCACAGUGCUGUCCGCGGAUGUAUAAUGGCAUCUGGGUCCUGAGGCUAUGAAUCUGCUUCUGCUUUCACUUUCGUAUUCCUUCCAUACCGGUUCAUUGAGGACCGGUCUAAUGGAUUUGUGCUUGCUUAGGGAGCUGACGACUUCUUUUUGGAAGAAACAUCAUCCAUGAGUACUCGGUAGAGAAAUAUGUCCAUAUAAAUCAACAAUGAGAAGAAAUAUA